AUGCGUGCUCCUUCUCGAGCCCCGCGAAUGCUGCGGGUCAAUCAACUCGACGCACUGCGCGUGGAUCAGGAACUUGUACUUCUGCUGCAGGAGGAAGCAAACGGGAUACUUCGACAUCUGUUUCCUCUAUCGACAGCCAGCAGGCAACGUGAACUGUUCCUUGCUUUUCAGCUCUUCUUUUUUUGCGCGUAUACACUGCGAAACCGACCGUCUCCUGGUGAUCUUCUCCAGAAUGUCAAAUAUCGAUCGCAGCCCAACAGGGACGAGGCCAAGCAGUCUGAUGGCUGCUCCAAGGGCCCCAGCAAGACCGAAGGAGGCGCGUCGGAACCUAUCAGCUCUGCAAGGGAGGGAGACCCAGCCUUUCUUCUCGAGCAUGCAAGGCGAGAGUGGCUGCGUACGGGACAGCAAAGUGGAAUCCAGGUACAGCAGUUCUUGCCAAAGAGGAAAAAGUUCCUCAUUCUGCUCUUCUCCAUACUGCUGCCGUACGGCUUUGAGGUGUUGCAUAGUGCUGUUACCGAGCGUUACCUGACACUCUUGUCUGUUCUGCAACAGCGAGCUCGACGCGCCGAGGCUCGUCGGCGAUUUCAAGCGCAACAGCGGCGGGACGGACACCCUUUCCCGAACGAGACUCACGCCUCUGCGGCAGGAGAGAGGACCGUGGAGUCAGGGGCCGUAGUCCAAUCGCUUACUCUGACUCGGGACGAACGCUUGGUCAUUGUACUGUACCGGGCUUGUCAACUGAUGCACACCUUUCUGAUGGUGCUUCAGUUGGUUCAGGCGAUCUUCUUCCUUUUGGAUGGGAACCACCGCAGUCUAACAGAUUGGUUGCUCGGAUUAGAGAUGGAAUUCAUUGCCCCUUCUCUCCCUCGAAGCAUAUCGCUGGAACUUUUACAACACCAAUUGUACUGGCAAGCCUUCACUCAACUGCUUCUCCUCGUCGUCCCGAAUCUUCCUCAGCACCGCUUGCUCCUUCAGCGUCUUGUACGUCUCAGAAGAACAUCCGGGGGCAGGCGUGCUGCUCUGCGCCAUCGUCUUGCCGUGUGGUUACGAACGAAGGAGGCAGAGCUUCGUAAACGUGAAACGGAAGUUUCUGGUUUUCAGUCUCCGCAAUCUACAGAGCAGAUAGAGCGCCCGCGGGCCAACUCUGGAGGCAACGGGUCGGAUUAUGACCCGAAAUCUAGACAGGGUCCAUCCAAUAAGACAGUUUCUUCGAGGGAUUCUCUCUCUUCGCGGCCCAAAACUACCAAGCCAGCCGUCAGCCGAUCGCACCAUCCGGAGGGGAGGCAGGCGAUUCGUUCCAACGUAAAACCUCUCGCCAUCCGUCCUCCGCGUGCACCCUCGGACACGGCGAGCAUUCCAAGAACCAUUCGUGCCUCAUGCCGAAUUCUCUGGUAUCGGUCUCUCCGAGCUGCCUGCGCCGGUCUAGCCCGUCUGACUGGCGGUGGUAGCGACACUCCGGCGUCUGGGGAAGGGGAAUACGAUCGAAUUGCUGGAACCAAGUCAAAAGUUCCCAGCGGCGACGGUUCACGGGCGUUGACUUCUGAGGUCACGUCCAAACAGGCCUUUGCAGAGGAAGUGGACAACAAAUCGGACUUUACGGAAGAAGAAAACGCCCCUUGUGUCUUCUGUGGAAAGGAGGACAUUCUCCUGCCGUUUAGAGGAGACGCGUGUAGACAUCACUUUUGUUACUGGUGUGCGGCAUCGCAUCCUUGUUUUCGCUUCACGCCACCUAACGAUGGUCGGACACGAGAAGGGCGUGGAGGAAACGGCGCAACACCGAAAACCAUGAUUGACGCGAAAGGAGCCGAGUGUGUUAGUGAGCUAGCGGCAACUGAAGACGAAGAAAUACUAGAGUGUCCUGCAUGCGGAGCGGAGAUCCGAAGUAUUGCCUGGGCACAAUAG